AUGGCGGAUGGGCAAGGGAGACGGCGCCACCGGCAACGUCGUAAGAAACCUAUUCGUCGCUGCCGGAAAAUCAGACAACCAAGAGAAGAUAUCAUCAGCUCUAUGCCAGAUGAUAUCCUCCACCAAAUCUUCUCCUUUAUUCCCACCAUUUGGGCCAUCAGAACUUCUGUCUUGUCAAAACGAUGGAGUCAUCUAUGGCGCCAGACAACCUCUCUCUACAUCGAAGACUUACCACCGACGGCUCUAGAGAUAAAUCAAACCCUAACUUACUUCACGGCUCCCAAAAUCAUGAGUUUCCAUCUUCGUUUGAGCCGUAAUCACACUGCACUAGAUAUUGAUAGCUGGAUCAAGUUCGCUAUGUCCCGUAAUGUGCAGAAUCUGUCUGUGGCCUUCGAUCAUCAGGAGACUAGAUAUAUUUUCCCGAAGUUUUUCUAUCUUAGCGCCUCUAUAAAGCAACUCAGCGUAAAAUUGAUAGAUAAAGAAAUGCUUCCCACAUGCACAGUGUCUUGGAAACACCUAACGAACCUAUCACUACGUACUUGUAAGCUUAGAGUUAAUUCCAUUGAAAAGAUUCUAUCUGGUUGUCCAAAUCUCGAAAGCUUGGCAUUGUAUCAGUGUCAUUUACCUAGGCGUCUUGACUUGAGUAAGUCACUGAGUCUGAAAAGACUGGAGAUAGAUCGCAGCUAUUGGAAUACAGGACCAAGCGAGAUUGUAGCGCCACAGAUCCAUUAUUUGAAAUUGAAAAUCUUUGAGAAACCAUUUACUUUAGUGGAUGUGUCUUCUUUGACCGAAGCUGAUCUUAACAUUCGUGUUAAGAUGAAGUAUUAUGAGAAGGCUGACUAUCCUCAUUCCAUGGUGACAGGGUUACUAGCAAAAUUUCCGAAUGUAGAGAGGCUUGUUGUUGGGGUAACAGUUCUUCAGGUUCUAUCUCUUGCCGAGCUCUGUGGUGUUCCAUUCGGAGUUCUCAAAGUCCAAACUUUGAUUGUUAAAACGAAGUUUGUUCGCUCUGUUGCUCCUGGUAUAGCAAGGUUACUACAAAAUUUACCUCAGUUAAAGAAGCUAAUAGUACACACAAUGGACAAAGACAACACAAUGGAUCAGCAUCUUGCAAGCUAUUUUGAUGAGUAUUGGAGUUCGAUGUAUGGUUGCUUUCCUAUCUCAUAUUACAUCGUUUCGAUAUUGGAUUGGCAACUCUUGCCUUCGUUCAUGGAAUUCAUCCUGAGAAACGAAAAGUCAUUAGAAACGAUGGUG